CAAACGAUCUAGACGUAUUUUGUAAGAACAUGGAAUACGACAUUCGUUAGAAUGGAGCAAAAAGACCUGAUUGAUAGAAAAAAUGAAGUUUUGGAGAAAUUGCGAGCUGCGAUGACACACAAAACAUUUAAAUAAAACGAUUACAAAUUGAGUUGACACACAAACCAUUCGAGGAGUAACAAGAGGUUGGGGAGAGAAGACAAGAUACCCGAACAAUUCAAAUGCAAACAUUAUUCUUGAGAAGAUGAAAUAAGCGGAUGCAGCAUUUGAAUAAAUGAAAAAACUAUCUAAUUAGAUUUAAACCAUUUUUGUGACAAAAUGAGGUAUUGAGUGGAGCGUGACACUAGAAUUAGUGUAAAAACAAGAAAAUAAAGUCGAGGAAUACAUACUUUAAGGUAAAACUGCAAAAUAAGUAGACGUAUGUACAAUAACAUUAGAAAAACAAUAAAAUGAGUCAAUGUAAUCUCAGGGAACAUUAUGAGAAAUUAAGUGAGGGUACAAAGUAUUUGAAUUGAGUAGAAAACGGCUAUCACAUCAAAGAGAAAGUAGAACUUGAGUGAACAAUUGAGAAGUCUAGAAACAAAGCCUUUGAGUGGAUUGAGUGGACACACACCGUUAAGUUUGACCAGAAGCAAAGAACAUUUGAGGAAUCGAGAGCGAUGUAUUUAUUAUGUUUCACCUUCAGUUUUUUAAUCAUAAUAGUCCCUAUCAAAUCGAUGCAAUUAUACUCAUCACCUGUAUUGGAGGUAGUAGAUUCAGUGGUACCAAAUACAUAUUACCUUAACCACGGAAUGAAAAUACAAGGUGGAGUGCCUACUUCCUUUCCCAUUGAGAGCCUUGACCACUGUCUGCUCCUAUGUCUGACUCGAGGAGAUGCAUGUAUGGGAAUAAGUUAUAGCAGAGAUGAGUGCUUACUACAAGAACACUGCGGACUGGGGGAAGAAAGACAGGGAUGGAUAACCGUCUUCAUCUCAACGGGCUUCAUGAAAGAUCUGAAACUGACUAAUGUGGCGGUGGGCAAGAAGUCUUAUCAGCAAAAUACACUCCAAAAAUUCCAAAUCAAGUCGGACCCUGAAAAUGCAAAUGAUGGCCAUUUUCAAGGUAUCCACAAACGAGGUGUUCCCCACCCAUGCGCCCACUCUGAGCCAAUGUCAAAUGAACCAUGGUGGGUUGUAGACAUGGGAACCACAUACCGUGUGUCUGGUGUCAGAGUAUGGAAUCGCCAAGAUUGUUGUGGUGAGAUGUUGACAGACUACUCAAUAGAAGUGUCACCCACGUUUACCAGAGAUGCACCAAUGGGGUUAUGGGAACGAUGUACCUCCUUCACCAGAACACCUCAAGGGAGAUCAGAAACUCUCUGCUGCGAGAACAUCGUGCUUGGUCGCUACUUAAAGCUGCAAAUGGCCGGAUCUGGAAAAACACUGACAUUGUGCGAGAUAGAAGUAUUUGGGGAGCUCACUGCUAAGGAUGACUGUGCAUGUCAUGUUUUGGCAAUGGGAACACUUCCAUUUAAAAUAUGACAAUAUUUGCAAAAUAGAGCACAAAUAUUACACCCUUGAACAUUCAUCAAUCAAUAGCAUCCAUAUUAUAGUUCAACUACAUGUAGUAGCAUUUACAUGAAAACUUAUAUUUUACCGGACCGUUUUACAAGUGUAAACUAACAAUAAAGAGCAAAUACUACCUAUUUUGUGCAUAUCUCACUAGAUUAUCGAUAAAACAUAUUAAACAGGGUGGAUUUCCCAGGAAAACAAAUGACAAAACUUGCCAUCGGCAAGUGACCUUGACCCUGUGAACCCAAAGUUAAAGUUGAAAUAUUUGAAAAUUUCCACCACUUGUCCUACAAAUCACUGAAAUAUGACAGUUUAG